CUUCAGAACACUGUGUAGUAGGCUAUACAACAAAAAGUUGCCUUUUCAAACGACUUCAGUCAGUCUCAAAUGUAAACUUUCUUGAAAAGGUGCAAACUAGGCAGGUAAGGUAAAGGUGUGGAAGUGUAUUUGUCCGCUAGAGGCCGCUGCACGUCAGUUAAUUCUGAGUCUGCGCAGUCGGCGUAUUUUCACCGCCAUGUUGAACUAGCAAACAGAAGAAACAUGCCUGUUUUGCUAGACGCCUAACAAAACGUAUAUUGAUUUCUCCUUAAUUAAACUAAAGCCCAGAUUAAAUUUUAAGUUUGAAAAACAAUGGGGAAACGAUAUUACUGUGACUACUGUGACCGCAGCUUUCAGGACAACCUCCACAACAGAAAGAAGCACCUGAACGGCGUCCAGCAUCACCGGGCGAAGAAAGCCUGGUUUGACAACUUCAGAGACGCUGCCACACUUUUAAACGACGAACGAGCGAAAGAAGUCUGUAGAAAGUUUCUUCAGACAGGACAAUGUGUGUUUGGCACGAGCUGUCGUUUUUCACACAUGUCUGAGAAGCAAAUGAAGAUGCUGGAACAAAAGAUUGACGAUGAAAAGCGUCAGAAGGAAGAUCCUGACCAGGAUGGAUCAUCUGAGCGUAGCGUUGAUGAAUGGCUCUCCAGAAGAGAGAAGAAACUGGCUGCUUUGACAUCAGGAAGAUCUUCCUCCAUCUCUACAUCCUCCACCUGCUGGUGGUUGGAGAGUGACGAAGCACAACGAAUGGGGUUGAAAUGGAAUUUAAAUUCCUUUUAUUUAAUGAUUUUUCCCCCAGACCAUGCCGCUGACUGUAAUAUUUACAAAGGCUUUUUUAAAUCAAAAACAAUGUACGUAUUUCUGUCAGAAAAGAAUUGCGUGCAGAAUAUAAUUGUAUAAUAGGAAACAUGUCUGCAUGACUGAAUAAGUUUACAUUUUAUAUAAACACUCUCAAUAAAAUCAGUGCAUUUAACUUCAUAA